GUUUGAAACCCUAAUCUUGAAAUUUUGAAUCGGACGAGAAUGGCGACACCAGCAUUGGAGCAGGUUCAAUGUUUCGGUCGCAAGAAGACGGCAGUUGCAGUGACAUACUGCAAGCGAGGUCGUGGUCUGAUCAAGAUCAACGGCUGUCCAAUCGAGCUAGUUGAACCGGAGAUCCUCCGGUUCAAGGCGUUCGAGCCGAUUCUCCUCCUCGGGAGGCACCGGUUCGCCGGCGUGGACAUGCGGAUCCGCGUGAAGGGAGGAGGACACACCUCGCAGAUCUACGCCAUCCGUCAGAGCAUAGCGAAGGCACUGGUUGCAUUCUACCAAAAGUACGUGGAUGAGCAGAGCAAGAAGGAGAUCAAGGAUAUCCUCGUCAGGUACGACCGCACACUCCUUGUGGCUGAUCCCAGGCGCUGUGAGCCCAAGAAGUUCGGUGGUCGUGGUGCUCGUGCUAGGUUUCAGAAGUCUUAUCGUUAAUUUCGUUUCUCUUGUCUCAGUUUUGGUUUCAUCUAUUUAGCUGCGCGCUCGUUUGUUAUUCAGAUUUUGAAUACAAUUUUAUAAAAUUGCUCAGUUAAUUAUCUUUUUGUUAAUUUAAACUAUUAUAUCUGGAUUUGAAUCA